AUUACCGUGAGGCUGCCGAACGUGAGAGCACGAUGCGAGGACUGAAGAAACAACACAACGACACCUGAUCGUGAGUGUGGCAUUGGCGCUCCGAACCGGGUUUGAGAGCAGCUGAUCGUCAGUUGUUGUCGCACCACCGCGGAGCGAGCUGAGUGAAGUUCGUCAAAGGCGGGAGAAAAUUGGAAGUGCGUAGCCGAUUCUCGACUGUUUCUUCGUCCCGCGAGUGACUGUGUGUGUAGUCGGUAGUUCGGGGCCCACAUGCCCCCCCCCCCCCCCCCCCUCGGCAGCAGCGCGUUAAACGUCGGAAAAUCAAUUUACACGUUCCUCACGGUGUUUGCUCAAGAUGUUGCGGGUUCUUCGGACUCUUUCCGUGAAAUCCGUCAGCGAACUGUCGUCGUCCGUCCUGCACGACUACCGCGAAUUAAUUGAGCGUUAGUGAAAUCUUUGAGCGAACUACGUUGCUUCACGAGACCCCGGAAAAAUCGUUUAACUAGGAAGGAAACCCAGACGCGAUGGAUAACAACUGAUCGUGCACCACGGCCCACGUGAUCGAGAUUGAAACAGAAGAUCCGAAGACCAUCCACCGCACGCUAGAUCAAAGGCAUCCAAGAUGUUGUCGUACAUGUUGCCGGGGGACGAAAAGCCGCCGCCGUCAUCGCCGAUGGAAAACCGCAAUGGAAACCUGGGCCAGAUGUCGGCGAGGAGUUACCAGAUCAAUGACCUUCAAUCCGGGGGCCCAGGGUCCCCGAAAAUGACGUUAAACGCUCGGGCCAUAAGCGCGCUUCAGUCGACGCUGGCCUCGCGGGGUGGCGGCGAUCAGAUCGAAGAACUCGACGAGGGGGACGAGGAUAUCGUCGACGAUCACGUCAAGGCCUACCGCGGUAUCAAUGGCCGGAAAGGAUCCGUCGAAAGCCCGAGACACGCGGCACUCGGCGUGGAUGCGGCCGGGAACGCGACGCGGAAAUCAUCCGCUCUGCACUCGUCUGGACCUGGAAGGGCCGUCGUUAAGGAUGACAGUCUUUACAGCAUUGGAAGCGACGCCAGUACCGUUGGCAGCGAGAAGAAGCACAAGCUGUUCAACGGUGCCAAGCACACCAGUCUCAAGAGGGUCUCCUUUGGCUCUAGCAAAGGAUCGAUGGUCGAGACACUCGUUUAUGAGACACCCGUCCAAGAGGAGCCGGAAAAUAACCAUUUUCACGAGCACAAUGGACGACUACCAACACCGAACACCUACGGCUCGGCGGCUCUCCUCGUCGCCCCUGAAACCGACGAGGGCCGAGAACGAGUCAGGGUAUCACUUCUUGAACCGACGCCUUGCCCGUCGACACCGGGCGUCCUUUUGCUCGAACCGACGUCGGACCUCGACGAUCACCUUCACACGCAUCUCACAAUGGCCACCAGUCCGGUCGAACUUCUUACCACCCACACGGAGCACACAACACCCACCUAUCACACGCAAAUCAGCACCGACAGCGGCUGGGACAACCCUUUCAGGCCGGACGGCGACCUCUCGAGGGAGGCCGACGAGAUCGUCGAGCUCAUCAAAGGCGGGAAACCGAUCACUCCGACUCCUGGACAGAACGCACCGGCACUUCCCGGAGUCGAGACCACGACCCCUGUUUCGGCGGCUGCUCCGGCUGCCAACGGUGACCUCGACUCGGGUGCGAACACGAUUCUGAACUCGACCGUCGCCAAUCAGCAAACCUCUCCGAGGCUCAAUCAGGGGAACGGUAAUGCUGCCCAUGUCACGCCGAAUAAGGGAUCUGCUCCGAACUCGAACAAUCAGAAUGCCGCGCACAAGAAGGUGGCGACAAGCGUCAACGCGGCGACGGUUGAGGUGGGUCGAGUUACGGCCCAGGGUCCCGGGGAUGCGUCGCAGGUCGAGCAUGUCACCCUGAAAAAGAAACCCAAGUGUAAAUGCUGCGUGCUGCAGUAGGAAGGAGGAGGAAGAGGAGGAGGAUGAAGGAGGAGAAGAGUUACGCACGGCCAACGACGACGACGAGGACGAGGACGAGGACGAGGACGAGGAAUAAGGCGAAUACGACGAUGGAACUCGAUUCGAUAAUGAAAAUCACGUCGGCUCACGUCCGGCUCUCGACUCUUUUCUGUAUAUCUCUGUCCGUUAUCUCGACACCGGCGCACCGACAUUGUUACACGUAUAUCCACCUACCUGCAGAUGAGGCUCGGUACACGCCGACAUUUCCCGCAUCGUCUCGUCUCUCAUGCGCGGGCAACCCUCUCCGAUCGAUCUUUCUCGACUGGGCUUCGAUAUAUGCUUUACAUAAUACAUAUUAUACAUACAUGCCUGUAUAUACAAUUUUAACGAGGAAUCUGGAAGAAUAGUUUUGCACCCAUUUUACUUUUUCUCUAUUUGGGCAAAAAGUCCUCGAGUUUAAGGAGGAAUUAGCUGUAAGAAAUAUCCCUGUUUAUCUUCGGAUUUUCAUAACGUAACAGCACAAAUUUCUUUUAUAAUCCAAAAUUGAGAAAUUUGUUUCUGAAAUUCAACUUGUUGGAUUGUUCGCGAACAAGAGAAAAAGACAACAAUCCUACAGCGAUGCUGAAACUUUCAAUAAUCAACGGAAUACGAUAUCGUUCCCAAAACAUCUGUUCAAAGUCGCAUGAAAAUGUGAACAAAAAAUGAAAAAUACAAAAAAAAAAAACAAUCGCCGGUUCUGUAAAAUAAUAUCAACAUCGAUAAUUGUCCAAGUUCCGUAUAAUUUUGAUUUCUCCGCCCUGAGUUUAUGCGCAACCAUUUAUAAAUAACUCCGGUAUAUGGAUAAAAAUGACAAGGGAAGGAAAAAAUAAUGACGCAGUCUUUAUAAUCCGGUGAUGCGGUGUAAAGAACCCUAAGGUGGACCGAGUCGAAAUUUGCAUCUUACGAAAGUCACGAUCCCUUCAUUAGCCUCUGAAUUCAAGGAAUGCAAUAUGUGAAAAAUUGCCAUUUAUACGGUUGAAUAACGCCUGGCUGCACCCUGUACGCCAGAUCGUAAAAUCUGUUGUUUAUCCACACGCUGCACGAUGGAAAGGUUUUGAAGUAAACUCGUACUAUUAUACGUAUAUGCAUAAGUUGAUUACCGAUCCUUUGAUAAUUGGAUUAAACAAUGAAAUCAGGACAGGUCAGUGUUGCGGAAUUAGCGAUGGUGACAGGCUUGACGAGACUCGUCCGUGUAAUCCAAUUACGAUAAUGGCAAUAGAGGAGAACCUCUCUGCAUAACUCAAUCCCAGCAUCGUUUUUGCCGGUCUGCAUUGCCUAAGUUGAAAAAUAAUCCAAUUACGCCAGACGAAAAGAGGAGAGCGAGAGAGCGAGAAAGGGAGAAAGAGAGAGAUGAUUUGAAUAAUUCAAUCAAUUUACUCCCGAAUUUUCGAUAAGCAACGAUCCUCGAAAAAUUACUGCGGUACAUGACGACGAGUAAUUGUUGUGUUCGGGUUCCGGUGUUAGAGGACCAAUGUUUUACAGAGCUCUGUCGAAAUUCGGUAACCGAUCGAAAACGAUUAGCAGACAUAUUCCGCUUGAAAUUCCGUAUCGCAUAGUUAUCGAUAACGAUAAAAAUAGUCGGUGAGAAAUAUAAUUUAAAGAGAGAAGAAAAAAAAAAAAAAAUUCAUACGCCAAGUUGAUAUCGUCGUCAAGUUACGGGCCUUUUUAAUUCAGUUUUGACAAAUCAUCUGUACACGCUUCACAAAAGCGAACUGUGAAGCGAAUAAGUAUAGAGACAUAAAUAGAGAUAUAUUAAAAGUCGGAAAAAUUAAUCCGCAGGCAGAACUGCUGACACGCUGCAUAUCCUAUUAAUUGUAUACACUUAUAUACUUUAAGUUUAUGACAAAUGUUUGUUUAUUAUUAUUACUAUUAUUAUUAUUAUUAUUAUCAUUAUUGUUAAUGAAUCUAUUAUAAUUAUUAUACAAUAACGAGUCUAUUUACAAUACCGUUUAAAUUUUCUUAUUUUUCUUUCAUCCCUUCCCCGUAUUUCGCGCAUCACAAUUGCAUUGCGUUAUUAUUAUUAUAUAUAUAUAUAUUGCUUUUACUUAUACUUUACUACUUUUUUUUUACCGCUUUACCAAGGUCUCGAUGAAUUUACAAGAGAGAUUACGACAAUUUUAUCAUGUAACAAAUUUUUAUCAUAAAUAAUUUCAAGAUUACUGCGGCGAAGAUUUUCUGCCAAUUACAAACCGAGUAACGUGUAUUUGGUAUUAUCGUUUCUAUCCUCCGAAUUAUAUACAUAUUUAGAUUUCUUUAUUUUUUUCAUUAUUUACAAUCACGCAGUAACGGUGUACAGGAGCAGGCAUCAGAUCAUCCUAGAAUCUAAAUAUCCAUUAGAAUUAAUAUUUAAGAUUCUGCGCUUUAUCGUGAUAUUAUCUAGUAUUAUACAUAUUUUGUAAAACAAGUCAGCGUGAUAUUUAUUUCCUUCUUAUUGUUGCGAUUCGAUAUAUGAUACGGGCCCGAGAAAAUGCGAGCUGAAAAAAAAAGUAGUCGAAAGAAAAUUGAAAAGUUGUACGUAACGAUAAUAAUAACAGCAACAACAACAAUAUUAAUAAUAAUAAUAAUUUGUAACAAUGAUUCGGACCAGAAAAAGAGAGAGACGCGACGAUUGCAGCGCAUAAUAAAGAGACAUGUCACGGGAAGCAAAAAGUCGAAGCGUAUGGAGGAAAAAAAAAGAAAAAUAUUUCGAUAAGAAAGUGAUGAAUGUAACGAAAAUAU